AGAUCUUUAAAUAAAAAAAGUAAAACCUUGCGCUUUGCCUUUGAAAUAGUCCAGAGGCUAAGCUUAUUUAAUUGAAACGAAUUAGAUAUAUUUCAGGUUUUAUUUCCAAAGUGAUCGUGUAGCAGUAUGGCCUCCAUAUAGCAGUAGCUAAGAUGUUAUGCAAUAACGUGAGCAGCGGUGUCUGCUGGUUACGCAAAGGGCUAGAUAUAGCCAUUUUAGCUUGUUUUGUCAGUACUGUAUAGCGGUCUCAUACAAAGCGAAAUUGGACUCUUCCCCGCCGUUUAAGCUAGAUUUUGAACGUCAUCUCCAAGCAAUGGCUCUGAUGACAUCGGCAAGAAGACUAUUUCAUGUUUCGUUCCGAGAAAAUUCUCUACGACGAGCUGAAGCACUUAUUUCAGCAACAAACACAACGUCGGGGAAUUUAUCAUUGGCCGGUCAGCGAAUGGCCUGUAGUCGUGUAAGGGAUUUUAGCACCAACACACAACCUCUUAGAGCUGACAAUAAGGUGACGGUCCACUUCACCAAUCGAGAUGGAGAGAAGAUCUCUGUCAAAGGCUCUCCUGGAGACUCUCUCCUAGAUGUCAUUAUCGACCAGGACCUCGAUUUUGAUGGGUUCGGUGCAUGUGAGGGGACACUGGCCUGUUCUACCUGUCACCUGAUCUUUGAGGAAGACGUGUAUAAUAAACUGGGCCCCAUUACUGACGAAGAGAUGGAUAUGCUGGACCUGGCCUACGGACUCACAGACACGUCCCGCCUGGGUUGCCAGAUCUGCCUGACCAGGUCCCUGGAAGGGAUGACAGCGAGGGUGCCUGAGAGUGUGGCAGACAUCCGACAGAGUGGAGACGGGUCCUCAUAAUGGCCACCCCAGGCCAGAGUAAUAAAUGUACUGAAAUUUGCCCAAAUCAAUGCUUUAUUUCAACACUAGCAUGACCAAAUAAUGCCCAUUUCUAAGUGGUAUGCUGUUAUAAAUGUCGAAAUUGAAGACCCUGUAUUUAUAGAGAUGAUGAGAUAUUAACAUUUGAAUGAGUCCCCAUCAUAGUUUUACAUUCACUUUAUACAGGGAACAAUGGGGAAAGUUGGCAAAUAAUUUCUCUGUGCCAAGCAGGUUCUGGAGAAUAGAAGAAAGUUUAGAUGGAAGUCUCCAAUCAGCCCCCCGUCCUUAACGGUUGUGAAGUAGUAUAUACUGAACAGAAAUAUUAAUGCAACAAUCUCAAAUAUUUUACUGAGUUAGUUGAUAUGAGGAAAUCUGUCAAUUGAAAUAAAUAAAUUAGGUCCUAAUCUAUGGAUGUCACAUGACUGGGAAUACAGAUAUGCGUCUGUUAGUUAUAGAUAUUUUAAUAGAAAUGGGCCUCGGGAUCUCAUUACGGUGCUCCUGUGCAUUCAAAUUGCCAUCGAUAAAAUGCAGUUGUGCUUGUGGCUUAUGCCUGCCCAUACCAUAACCCCACUGCCACCAUGGGGCACUCUGUUCACAACGUUGACAUCAGCAAACCGCCAUACACAGGGUCUGAGGUUGUGAGGCCAGUUGGACAUUCUGCCCAAGAGGCAGCUUAUGUUAGACAAAUGAACAUUCUAUUAUCUGGCAACAGCUCUGAUGGACCUUCCUACAAUCAGCCUGCCAAUUGCAAACUCCUUCAAACUUAAGACAUCUGUGAUAUUGUGUUGUGACGAAACUGAACAUUUUAGAGUGACCUUUUAUUGUCCUCAGCACAAGGUGCACCUGUGUAAUGAUCAUGCUGUUUAAUCAGCUUCUUGAUAUGCCACACCUGUCAGGUGGAUAGAUUAUCUUGGCUAUGGAGAAAUGUAUGCACACAAUAUGAGAGAAAUAAGCUUUUUGUGCAUAUGGAACAUUUCUGGGAUCUUUUCUUUCAGUUCAUGAAACAUGGGACCAAUAUUUUACAUGUUGCAUUUCUAUUUUUGUUCUGUGUAGAUGUUCUCCAGUGAAUGUAAGGGGUUAUGAUCACUUUCAUAGUCCACUACCUCCCUGGUGAGUACUUAGAAAUAACAGAUUCAAAUAGUUGUUUUUUGUGCUAUUACCAAUACACGUUACCAAUUGUAUUGAAUUCUUUAAAAUAAGUACCAAGAAGUGCAGCUUGUCACCAUGUAGUUUCUGAGUAAAUACCAGCUGAAACAGGAUUGUAAAGUCACCCAUCCAGACUUCAGAAUGACACCCAUUAAUCUGGCCAGAGGCGAGACUGGUUAGGAUGCCUUAUCUUGUCAUUUUUAUGGCCACUCUAGCCUUUGUUUUAUCAAGUUGUGUACCCUUACUGUCUUUAGUGUUGUCCUACCACUCGUGUAACCAAAUAUUAAUUUCAUAUUCCACGUGAUUGUAAAUAGCACUCAUCUGUGUCUAGUCAGAGAAAUUCUGUAUUAAAAUUGACUUUCUAAUUA